AAUCGCAUAUAGAGGUACCAGGUCUCCAAUUCCAAUUCCAGUUGCUCACCGCACUUCGAAUUCACUUGCAAGAUCCAACCUUUCAGCUCCAAGACAUGCCGUCAGAGUUCGUCGCCGCCCGGAAGAAGCCGCCACCGGUUAUGCCAGUGGAGUUCGCCGCCGGUCGGAAGAAGCCACCGCCCGGCAUAGCGGUCCUGCCGUCGGGGUUCGCCGGCGCUGGGAGGAAGAAGCAGCCGGCGCCGGUGGAGAUACGGCAGGUGUGGGCGCACAACGUGGAGGAGGAGUUCAGGAUCAUCCGCAACGCGAUCGAUCACUUCCCCUAUGUGGCCAUGGACACGGAGUUCCCCGGCGUGAUCCACCGCCCCAGCAAGCACCCGGCUUUGCUCACCGCCAACGACCGGUACGAGCUCCUCCGGCGCAACGUCGACGCGCUCCACCUCAUCCAGGUCGGCAUCACCCUCGCCGCCUCGCCCACCGCGCCGCCGGCGCUCGCCUUCGAGAUCAACCUCUGCGACUUCGACCAGCGCGUCCACCGCCACGCGCCCGAGUCGGUCCAGCUCCUGGAGUCGCACGGCCUGGACCUCGCCGCGCACCGCAAGCACGGCGUGAGGGCGAGCGCCCUGGCGCCGCUGCUCAUGUCGUCCGGCCUGGUCUGCUCCCACGGCGCCGUGAAGUGGGUCACCUUCCACUCCGCCUACGACUUCGCGUACCUGAUAAAGCUCCUCAUGGGGCGGAAGCUGCCCAGGUCCAUGGCCGAGUUCCUCAACCUGGUGCGCGUCUUCUUCGGCGACGACGUGUACGACGUGAAGCACAUGAUGCAGCACUGCGGCGACCUCUACGGCGGGCUGGAGCGCGUGGCGGCGACGCUGCAGGUGAAGCGCGCGGCGGGGCGGUGCCACCAGGCCGCCUCCGACAGCCUGCUCACCUGGGACGUGUUCCGGCGGAUGAGAGAGCUCUACUUCCUCAAGGAGGGCGUCCAGAGCUACCAAGGUGUGCUCUUCGGGCUGGAGCUCGAUCUCCACUCCGCCAAGAACACCGCCUCGCUAGCGGCGAGAUGACGAGGACGAAUUCGUCCUUCAACUUCUCCUCGGCUCUGUAAAUUAAUCUGUUCAUUCGUCGUCUCUCGAAAGGAUUCUUUCGGAAGACGAACUAAUAAGAUGAAAAAAAAAGAGGUUGAUUGAUUGGUUAAUUUCGUUCGUUUCUUGCGCGGUGUGGGUGGAACAAAAUUUCCGCGGAACACGCAUCUGAACUUUUACUAAUUUGGGCGGCUUUCCCCGUUCUCAUGAAACGGCGAGAAAACGCGUCGUAUGAACAAAAAGGAAGAACGGCAGCGUACUGGGCAUCGCGUCGCAUGUUGGGGUCAACGAGCAUCGCAUAUUUCGCAUUGCGUAUGGUCAGAGUGCAUGUAUGACAAAAAGAAACGAGUACUUCCUAUAGUUCG